AAUUUUGAUUACGUAAACUGUCAAGUUAAAUGGAUAAACUAACAUUUUUUAAUGCCAUUUUAACGAUUAUCUAUUAAAAUAAUAUAAUUUAAAAACAAAGGUGUUGCGCGAAUGUUUUUCUUUGUGCAUUUUACUUAGUAAAUCGUUUUUACUACCGGUUAGUAUAUUUGCAAACUGAUUUUUUAUGCAACAUGGCAUCCAGGGUAGGCAGGUUUUACGGCGCUGGUCUUUUGAAGUCUAAUAAUGGAGUUAUAGGUCAGAUAUGCAAAUUUGCUACUGCCCAAGAAAAGUCCAGUGGGAGAAAAAAGAUAUUAUCCACAUUAGGAGUAAUAACAGGUGGUUUGGGGGCUCUAUUAUUUUCACUUGAUCAAUCUGUUAAGGCCUCAGACUUAGAAUUGCAUCCCCCUAAAAAUCCUUGGAGCCAUAAAGGUUUAUUUAAUGCCUUAGAUCACCAAAGUAUUCGUCGUGGUUAUGAAGUAUACAAACAAGUGUGUGCAGCUUGCCAUUCUUUAAAAUAUGUGGCAUAUCGUGACCUGGUAGGUGUAACUCACACCGAAGAAGAGGCAAAAGCUGAAGCAGAACAAGUUCAAGUUACAGAUGGUCCAGAUGACCAAGGUAACAUGUUCCAAAGGCCGGGAAAGCUUUCUGACUACAUGCCAAGUCCUUAUCCAAAUCCAGAGGCUGCCAGAGCUGCUAACAAUGGUGCUUUUCCUCCUGAUCUAAGCUACAUCGUUGGAGCACGUCAUGGGGGUGAAGAUUAUAUUUUCGCUCUGUUGACGGGCUACACCGAAGCUCCGGCCGGUGUAAAUCUUCGCGAAGGUCAAUAUUAUAAUCCCUAUUUUCCCGGUGGAGCUUUAGCCAUGGGUCAGUUACUUUUUAAUGAAUCUGCGGAGUAUGAAGACGGUACUCCUCCAACUGCCAGUCAGCUGGCAAAAGACAUAUGUACGUUCCUAAAAUGGACCGCUGAACCGGAGCAUGACGAUAGGAAAAGAAUGAUUAUCAAGAUGUUGGGUAUAUUCUCCCUUCUAUUUGUCACCAGUUACUACUAUAAACGGCACAAGUGGAUGACAAUUAAAACUCGUAAGAUAGAGUACAGACCAAAAAAUUAAAACAAUGGGACAACUAUUGUCAGUAGCCAAUUCACUCCGAAUAUUAGCUUGAUGUGUACCGCGUUUUCUGUUGAGUAGAGGAGUCAUCUACACAUGGAGAAAAGCAGAUCCGUUGUAAGACUUGUUUUCUUCCUCCUAUGUACAUAAUUUCAGCAGAUUUUACAGUCAUUUUAAUUUUAUUUAUGUGUUUAUUAAUUAAGAGCCCCCUCGUUAUCAAUAAAUCUUGCGACGUUAACGUUUCGCUAUUUCAAAUGUGAUUUUGGUAAACUGAUUAUAUACUUAAAUAAACUGAAAUAAAUAAAACGUUCAGAAA